AUGAACUCAUCCACAACAACUCCAAAGAGCAAAAAGAAGCAAACACAAACGCAAGAAACAACUACUUCAGGGAGGUUUCUUGGUGUUAGAAGAAGGCCAUGGGGAAGAUAUGCAGCUGAGAUUAGAGACCCUUCAACCAAAGAAAGGCAUUGGCUUGGCACCUUCGACACCGCGGAAGAAGCUGCCUUGGCCUAUGACCGAGCUGCUCGGUCCAUGCGAGGCUCGCGAGCCCGCACCAACUUUGUCUACUCAGACAUGCCACCAGGCUCUUCUGUCACCUCCAUUGUCUCUCCUGAUGAACCUCAACAAAACUUCUUUGAUGUCCCUCCACCUAGUAGUACUCCCACUCAACCUGACCCAACGCCCCAAACCUUUUCAAAUCAAGAAACCAACACCGAAUUCUCUUAUUCUUCAAUGUCAGAUAUUGGAGGAGACCAAUUCUGGGCUUCUUCUUCUUCUGGUGUUUAUUAUGAACAACAACCAGCUCUCUUUGACUUUGACAAUAAUACUAGUGCUACUGCUUCUGUGUCCCAUAACUAUUCCAACCAAAUGUGUGAUCAGCUCCCUCCUUUUCCUUCUGACAUUUCGGGAGGCAUUGGCUCAAAUAUGAGUGUGGCAGAUUCUAGUGAAGAUAUGGGACAGGCCGCUUGGAGUGACUCAACAAGUCUGACCACAGGGUUCGAACCAGAAGGGAACGGGUCAUACUCAUACAUGGGCAUGGGGUUCGAUUCAAGUGAGUAUGUGCAUAGCCCACUUUUUAGCAGGAUGCCACCAGUUUCAGAUAAUGUACCUGAGAGUUUUAAUUUGGGGUCUUCUGCCUUUUUCUUCUGA